CUCUUGAGAAGCAGGGUAGUAGCCAAUCUGUCAUUUUCUUUUCCUUCCUUAGUGCCACCACCUAGUUGGUGUGGAGUCCUGUAGACACCAUGUCACAUACAAGCAUGGAUCCAACCAAGAUGGGCAUCGGCCGGUCUAUCGCCGUGCUGACGUCUGGUGGUGAUGCCCAAGGUAUGAACGCGGCCGUGAGGGCCACAGUCAGAGUUGGUAUCUACACCGGAGCCAAGGUCUACUUUGUUCAUGAGGGUUACCAGGGUCUGGUGGAUGGAGGAGACAACAUCAAACUGGCCACCUGGGAGAGUGUGUCCAUGAUGCUGCAACUGGGUGGCACGGUCAUCGGCAGUGCCCGCUGCAUGGACUUCAGAGCCAGGGAGGGCCGCAUGAAGGCUGCCCUGAACCUGGUCAAGCUGGGCAUCACCAACCUGUGUGUGAUUGGGGGUGACGGUAGCUUGACCGGAGCUAACCAGUUCAGGACGGAGUGGUCCACUCUGCUGGUUGACCUGGUCAAAGCCGGUAAAAUCACUGAUGACGAGGCCCGGAGAUCGUCCCACCUGAACAUCGUAGGCAUGGUGGGUUCCAUCGACAAUGACUUCUGUGGGACAGACAUGACCAUCGGGACUGACUCUGCUCUGCACCGCAUCAUAGAGGUGGUGGAUGCCAUCACCACUACCGCACAGAGUCACCAGAGGACCUUCAUCCUGGAGGUGAUGGGUAGACACUGUGGCUACCUGGCCCUGGUGACUGCUCUAGCCUGCGGUGCUGACUGGGUGUUCAUCCCAGAGAUGCCCCCAGAUGUGGGAUGGGAGGGGCAUCUGUGCAGAAGACUGGCUGAUCAAAGAGCCAGAGGAUCUCGUCUGAAUGUGAUUAUUGUGGCUGAGGGAGCUAUGGGCAGAGAUGGAAACCCCAUUGGCUCUGAAGACAUCAAGAAGCUGGUGGAGAAGAAUUUGGGCUUUGACACCCGUACCACUGUUCUGGGACACGUGCAGAGAGGCGGCACUCCCUCAGCCUUCGACAGAAUCCUAGGCAGCAGGAUGGGUGUGGAGGCUGUGAUGGCCCUGUUGGAGGCCACUCCAGAGACCCCAGCCUGUGUGGUCAGUCUGUCCGGUAACCAGGCCGUCAGGCUGCCCCUCAUGGAGUGUGUCCAAGUGACUAAGGAUGUGACUACUGCCAUGGCUGAGAAGAGAUGGGAGGACGCUAUCAAGCUCAGAGGAAAGAGCUUUGAAAACAACUGGAACACAUACAAGAUGCUGGCACACAUCAACCCUCCAGAUACCAAGAGCAACAUUAACGUGGCUAUAGUAAACAUUGGUGCUCCAUGUGCUGGUAUGAAUGCUGCCGUGCGUUCUGCGGUGAGGAUCGGCAUCAUUCAGGGACACAACAUGUUGGCCGUUCAUGAUGGGUUCGAGGGUCUCGCUCAAGGAAAGAUCGAGCCUAUCACCUGGACUGGAGUUUCAGGCUGGACUGGGAAGGGGGGCUCUGAGUUGGGCACCAAGAGAGUCCUUCCUUCUAAGUACAUUGAGGAAAUCAGCUUGACUAUCGCUAAGUUCAAUAUCCACUCUCUGGUGAUCAUUGGAGGGUUUGAGGCGUAUAUGGGUGGUCUGGAGCUGGUGCAGGGCAGAGAUAAGUAUGAAGAGCUGUGCAUUCCCAUGGUGGUCAUCCCCGCCACUGUCUCCAACAACGUCCCCGGUUCAGACUUCAGCAUCGGAGCUGACACAGCCCUCAACACCAUCACCUCGACCUGUGACAGGAUCAAGCAGUCAGCAGCAGGCACCAAGCGUCGUGUGUUCAUCAUUGAGACCGCGGGAGGGUACUGUGGUUACCUGGCUACCAUGGCAGGUCUGGCUGCUGGGGCUGAUGCUGCAUAUAUCUUUGAGGAAGAUUUUUGUAUUAGAGACCUGGAGAUGAAUGUAGAGCAUCUCGUGCAGAAGAUGAAGACAGACGUAAAGAGAGGUUUGAUUCUCAGGAAUGAGAACUGCAAUGCCAACUAUACCACAGACUUCAUCUUUGCCCUGUACUCUGAGGAGGGCAAGGGCAUCUUUGACUGCCGCAAGAACGUGCUGGGACACAUGCAACAGGGCGGCACCCCAACACCUUUCGACAGGAACUUUGGCACCAAGAUGGGUUCCAAGGCUGUUCUGUGGAUAACAGAGAAACUCAAGGAGGUCUAUAGACACGGUCGUAUCUUCGCUAACACCCCAGACUCUGCCUGUGUGCUGGGCAUGAAGAAGAGAGCACUGACCUUCCAGCCUCUUGCUGAGCUAAAGGAACAGACAGACUUUGAGCACCGCAUCCCCAAGACAUCGUGGUGGCUGAAACUGAGGCCAAUCAUGAAGAUCCUUGCUAAAUACAACAUCAGCCUGGACACAUCUGAGCAUGCCCACAUGGAGCAUGUGAUCAAGAAGAGGGUAUCGCUGCCUGCGCCACUCAUGAACAAGGCAUCCCCCCCCCAGAAACACUAGGAGGAAGAGUAAUUUUUCUGUUACAUGCAUGUCAGUGGAGGCUGGUGGGAGGAGCUAUAGGAGGAUGGGCUCAUUGUAAUGGCUGGAAUUAAAUAAAUGGAACAGUAUUAAACACAAAUAUAUGGAAACCACGUUUGACUCCAUUCCAUUUAUUCCAUUCCAGCCACUACAAUGAGCCGUCCUCCUAUAGCUCUUCCCACCAGCCGCCUCUGAUGUAUGUCUAUAUCAGGGGUCUCCAACAGGUCAAUUGUGAGCAGCCCAUCUAUGAGUAGCUCACCAAAUAGUAAUGAAAAAUACAUGCACUUUCCGAAUUGUUUAAAGUCAUAGUCUUGUGUGAUCAUUUCAGCACCGUUUUGAUUGGGACAGCGCCAUCGCGCUGAUUUGCGUCAAGUGUGGGGGACUCCACUUGAUAAAUCAAUCAAUGUCAGAUGUUUGUUUUCACUGAAUCUCAGUUUGGAUAUUUGGCAACAAUUAGGCUGGGAAAAUGGUAGCUAAAUUGAAGGGAGUGGUUUUGUUUCACUGAAUUUCCGUCUGUAUAUUUGCUUAAUUUAUCUCUGGCUGGGCAAGUGGAUGUGGUGGUUCAUUUAUUCGUUUGAUCAUCCAUCACUGAUCAGAAGCAUUUAGCAUGCAACAAUAUAGCCUAAAUCAUGUGUAUUAUUUUGCUCGACUCACCACGUAGCAGCCUUAUAUAAUCAAUCCACCAUCAAGCUGUGAGCGCAGCGUCCUGUUUUAUGUCUUAAUUGAGCCUACUUCAAUAUAAUCAAUUAAUCAAUCAUUCAUUCAUACCAUUAGAUAACAUACGAGUCACUCUUGCCUUUAAAUACAAUCAAGCAUUUUAUUGUUAUUAUGUAGGACUAUAAUACUGGGCCGCGCGGUUGGGUUCGGCCUGAUAAUGAGAACUGUCGAGUAUCACACACCUCUACCUCCCGGCUACUAUCCAAUCAAAUCCACAUUGACAUUACCCCUAGUUAUUCACAAUUGUCUUAAAACCCAAACGUAACACUAUCUGUCAAUACAUUUACCGCAAUAUUGCCCCUGUAUGUCUGUGUGGUGUGCGCGUUCGCCUAUCAUUCACUUCGUAUAACCAGUUAGCGGUAAUGAUAACUUGUCUUCUGGGUAGACAGAACGACUUUCCCCAAAACCUUCUCAAUUAAAUGUCAACUGCAAACUAGGCUUACCUGGCAGAAUUAUAUCAUGAUUAUUUGUAUCAAUUGGGUGGACUUUUGAUUUGCAAACUCUGUUAUGACAUAUGCAGCUGCAAAAACAUUGCUAGACCAGCACAUUCCUCUCUCGCAAAAUGCGCAUUUAAAGGGGUAUUACACUCAAAUCAGAAUGUAUGUUUUUUUCCAGCCCUCAAAAAUGGUCUUCUGAUGUGAUUUAAACAUUGACAUGGAUUCAGAACAUCCAAUGUCAUUGUUUCUUUAUGAAUAAUUGUAAUUUUGAGUGAAAAAAACAAAUACAAAUCCCAAACCAGGAAAAAAUAAAACAGAGAAAACUGAAUUCGGGAAAAUACAAGGAGUGCCUAUUUCAAAGCUAGGAAAACAAUUAUGAGUAGCUCACAUUUCAAAAUUUAAAAGUAGCUCUCAUGCUAGAAAAGGUUGGAGACCCAUGGUCUAUAUGGAGUAGGAAGAGGAGGAGGAAGAGGAGGAGUCAUUCUUUGUUACACAUAUGCCUGUUUUUCAUGUAUGUUUCUGGUUGAAUGAAUCAUCUGAUUCAUAAACUAAACCAGAGCUACAUUCUUUCAUGCCUGUUGUCUUCUUUGUGGACUUACGUAUCCUCGUCUUUUUAAAUAUUUUUGGUCUUCUCAAACAUUUUUCCUUGCACUCUUUUUUUCAUUUCUCAAUCAGUUAACCAUGUGUGUGCUGCCCUGCUCUGGGAACUAGUUUUACAGCUUUUCCUUUGCGCUUCAAGAAUUAAACACGUUACAAUCUUG